CUUUCGCGUAUGUUGCGUAAGAUAAACUUUUAACAGAGCGCACGGGACAGUCCGUCCACACACGCUGAGCAGACAGCAUCCAGUAUCGCUAGAGCUAAUGAGGAGGAAGGGUUUGUGUACUUGCACCGGUAAUGCGCAAUUAAGUUCGUCUGGGACUCUGCGACUUCAAAUGUUGAUGUACUGUCGGUUGCUUUAGAAUCGUCAUAGUGCAGUCCGAAUAGAAACGCAGUCUACGUUUGCUGGUUCGACAGAGACGUUGGUGUAUCCAGGUCGUUUUUUCUUCAUCAGUUGAUGCUGCAAGGCGUGCCUGUGUCCCGUACAUGUGAUAGCGAGGGGAGGUGGUUUUCUAAAAGAGUUUGCAGAGAGCCCGAUUGCAUCACUUCAGAGCCCGACUACCCUGGAGCGGUCAGCAGAUAGCUUUUGGUUGUUGGAUAUAUCUUGUCGUUGACGUUGUUGUUGUUGUUUGCAACCGUUAACCGGACGGGAAGGAAAAGAAAAAGGUUGUGGUUUUCAUCAUGGGAGCAUCAGUCUCGGCACGGCAGGACGUUAAGACUGAGGAAGAUGCCACUACGGAGGAGCAGAAUGCGGAGGUGAAUGAGGUCCAAGAGGAAGAGGACGUUGAUGCAAAGCUCCUGCAGAAGAACGGCCAGAUUUCCAGUCUGAAUGGGAGUGCUGAUGACCAGACGGGAGAGUUCAAUGGCCAGACUGAAGAGACAGUCCUGGCAGAAGUUGGUCAGACGGACGCAACGUCCGUGUCCCAGAAGGAGGACGGUCCAGAGACAAUGGAGGUGCUCCAGGAGGAAGUUGCCCCUCAGGUAAAUGGAGAAAAAGAGGAGAAGGAGACACCCAGUGCGGAUGAGGUGACAGCGGCGGAAGAGAAAGCAGCUGAGGAGAAAGCUACCAGUGCCAAUGAAGUGGGCUUCAAGAAAAUCUUCAGAUUUGUUGGCUUCAAGUUCACGCUGAAGAAAGACAAGAAUGAAAAGGUAGAGCCGGUGCAGCUGCUGACGGUGAAAAAGGAAGAAGAGGGUGAGGCGAGUGGCUUGGAGGUAGCAGAGGAAUCCAAGGAGGAGGUUGCUGCAGAGGAGGCUGAGGCGGUUGAGGAGGCAGAGCCAGUAGAAGAGGAGAAGGCAACAGAGGCACAAGAGACCACAGAACCCACCGCAGAAGCUGUGACUGAAGACCUCCCCACUGAGCAAGUUAAUGGAGACACUACAGAACAGGUUCCAGAGGCAGCAGAGGCAACAGAAGCCACCGAAGAAGCCAUCCCUGAGAAAGAGACAGAGGCCCCAGCUGAGGCCCCAGCCAUCCCUGUUGCCCAGGAAACACAGUCGCCACUGAGGAGGUUCUUCACACAGGGCAUUUUCUCCAAUCUGCGCAGGAGGACAAGCGUCAAAAAGCCCAAAGAAGAAGAGCCACCUAAGGAGAAAGCAGUUGAGGAAGACUUGAAGGAAACAGAUGAAACAGCAGAAGCCCCCGCUGAAGACAAAGGUGAAAAAACUGAGGAAGAGACUGUACCUGAACCUGCACAGGAACAGGCCACCGUACCUGAGGAGGCUGCCAUAGAAGCAGAGCCUGCCGUAGAAGCAGCAGUACCUGCUAUCGAAGUAGCCAUACCUGAGGUUGUGGAAAAAGUAGAGGAUGAGGUAAAAGUUGAAGUCAAGGUGGAAGAGGAAGUCCCUCCAACUAUUGCAGAGGAGGUCACUGAGGUCACUGAAACGCAGCCAUCUGAAGCUACCGAUGACAUCAAACCCACAGAAGAGAAAGUAGAAGAGGUUGUUGAAGAGGGGCAGGCAGCUGUUGAUGAAGUUCCAGCUGUUGCAACUGAGCCUGAAAUCCUGUCUUCCCAAGAAAAAAACAAAAUCCAAGGAAGUCCAUUAAAGAAACUAUUCACAGGGUCUGGCUUGAAGAAAAUCUCUGCCAAGAAGCAGAAAGGAAAGAAAGAAGCAGAGGCAAAAAUAACAGAAUCUGGAGAGCAGGUAACUGAGCAGCUUCAGUCAUCCACAGAAUCAGCAGAAGGUGUGAAAGCAGAAAGCCCUGCUUCAUCUCCAGAAGAAUCAGGUGAGCAUGCUGUUGGGGAGCCUUCCCAAGCAGAGGCAGCCCAAGAAACUGAGGGGGAUGCAGCUACCUCAGAUCUUGAGCGAAAGAAGGAGGGUAUUCUGCCCUGGGCUUCUUUCAAGAAACUGGUUACACCAAAGAAACGUGUGAAAAGGCCUUCUGAGAGUGAGGAUGAGACUGUUGAAAAAGCUAAGUCUGCAACCCUGUCCUCCACAGACAGUGCAGCCCUUGCAGAGAAACCAGAAGAGCCAAAACCCACUGAGGAGGAGCAGAAGAUAGAAGUAAGCACCGAAGAGCCCAAAAAGAAAAUGGACACGUCUGUAUCCUGGGAGGCACUGAUCUGUGUGGGGUCUGCCAAAAAGAGAGCGAGAAAAACAUCUGACUCUGAUGACGAGGCACCCAGGAUUGAGGAGGAAGCCCAGCAGUCAGGAGAGGAACAAGCCAAACCAGCCGAAUCACCACUUGGAAGCUCCCAAGAGGCAGACCAUGAGCAUUUGACAUCUUCCCCAGAACAAGCCGGGAGCCCCUCUGAGGGAGAAGGAGUGUCCACCUGGGAAUCCCUCAAAAGAUUUGUCACUCCACGCAGGAAGACCAAAGCCGAGGACAAGACCGAGGAGUCAACUGGAGUCGCCACCACUGAACAAGUGUCCUCAGACAGCGAAAUUCCCAAGGAAGAGUCUUCGUUUUCCCUAAAGAAGCUGAUCCCUGGACGUAAAAAGAAGAAGUCAGAAGCUAAGCAAGACCAGGUUUCCUCUGACGAGGCAGGUAAAGAUGUUGGAUCGGUCGAGGAAGACUCAGACACGCCUGCUGUAGUUCCAUUGUCUGAGUAUGACUCUGUUGAGCCAGAGCAGGUAGAAGCCACACCAAAAGAGGAAGCAGUAACUGAGACAAAGGCAGCUGAAACCACUGCGGCAGAAGAAUCAAAGCCAGAACCAGAGCCUGAGGCAGUGAAGCCAAAAGAUGUGGCUCCUGUUGCUACUGGUGAUGAAAGAUCGCCAUCAUUCAUCUCUCCCGCGGCUGUAGAGGACAUUCAGGAGACAACAGAAUGCACAACUAAACAUCAGCAGCUGAGUGACAUCCCAGAAGAAGGGGAUACUGUUGCCACACUCAAAUCUACUGCUGAAGAUGUUUCUAGAGAUGACACCAUCGCUGAGGACAUUGUGGAGUUGGCAUCAGAGGUGAAACAAGCAGCUGAAGUGUCCGUCGCAGAAGAAACAACAGAAAUGGUUUCCGCUGUCUCCCGGCUAACAGAAUCCCCCGGUACAUCUGGAGAAACCACACCAGUGCCAGGAGAGGAUGAGGCAAAAGAGACAGAGGUGGUGCUGCAAGAAGUUGUGGAAGCUGUUAAUGUGACGCCAAAUGUCUUGUCUGUGACCAUGACAGAUGUUGAGCCUGAAGCAGUCACUGUUUCUGUGUCUCCACAACUAGUGGAGUCACCCACAACAGUGGAACCAGCAGUGUUGGUACCACAUCAAAAGUCAGAGGUCACUGCUAUCUGCACAGGCCUUGAAUCUCAGGAGAUUGAGUCUGUGGAGGAGGAAAAGCCUCUGGAGACUGUCAUUGAAAGCAUCACUGAGGUCACUGAAGCCGUAUCUACAGAAGUGCUGGUAGAAGAUAGGACUGAGAAACCUGAGGCGGCAGAAUCUGCUGAGGACAAAGUCUGUGAGGUUGAAGUACAAGAGAUCAAAACAGAAUUCCUUGAACCAGAGCCAGCAGUUGAGCCAGAGGAGAUUCCACAAGAAGUGGGAGCAGAGGGGGAGAUGGUCACUGAAGUACAGGAGCAACUGCCUUUAGAAAAUGCAGUGGAGGAAGUUGUGCAAAUGGGUGAGGUUAAAGAGGAACAAGAAGCAGAAUUAGUGAAUGAGAUACAAGAGGUCACAGCAGUUAAUGUAGCAGUAGUCAAUACCAUGCAAGGUGAGGCUGAACAUGUUGAAGAAGUAGUAGUAGCAGAAAACUCACCAAAGAUUGAGACUGAGGGUCCAGUAGAAACCACAACAGAAGAGGCUAUCUGUGCCCAGCCUGUGCAGGUCACUGAGGUGUCCACUUUGGAAGGUGAAAAAGUGCAAGAAGUUGAAGAUGUAAAGGAGUCCUCUGCUGAGGUAGAGCUCGCACCAGUGGAAGAGGUGGUUGAGGGUGUGAAAGAGGAAAUGACUACCACCAUGCCUGAACCCCCAACAGCUGAAACAUCAGAGAUCCAGGAAACUCCAGUUGCUGUGGUGGCACCUGCUGCUGAAUUUCCAGUGGCCAAAGAAACAGUGUGUAUUAUUAACCCCCUCUCUGAAUCAAUUCAGUCUGAAGUAGCAGAGCUCAAGGAUGAAGCUGUAAUGGAGAGAGUUCCAUCAAUACAAGUCACUGAUCAUGAAAUCCAAGUUGAAGUGAAGGAUGUCGACACGCCGUCUGCAGAAGCGGUUAUUGAAGCAAAUAUUGAAGCAGCUUCAAUUAACAUCAGCACCAUUGUUGAGGAAGUCUGUGAGAAGGUGGAGGCAGUUGAAGAAGAGGUGCAGACAGCGCAGGUGACAGAAGUAGAGGCCAUUGAAGAGCACAGCACAGUCAUUGUCCAGACCAUCAUCCAGAAUGUAGCCGAAAACCUCUCCAAAAUGGCGAAGGAAUCAGAACCAGUGGAAAAAGAAACGCCAGACACCCCAGCCCAGGAAGAAUUAAAGGCGGGUGAGACAGAGAAGGAUGUGGCAGAGGCACCCACACAACCAGCCGUUGCAGAGACAGAAGAGGAGGUAAAAGAAAAGUCAGAAGCUGAUGCAGCAUCAGAGGAAGCAAAAUUACCAGCUGCCACUGAGCAACCCCCAAAACAAAUUCAAGAGGCUAUACAGGUCCUUGAAGUGAUUCCAGUUGAGCAAACACAGACUCUUGAAAUUGAAGAGAUUCAACAGGAGUCAAUCUCUGUGGAAAGUAAGGAUGAGAGCAAGCAAGAAGUUGAAGAGAAAAUACAAGAAGAAGUAGAGAAAGAAGAAGGGAAAACAGAUGCUGAAGACAAGGAGGAGGGUCAGGAAAAGACGGAGAAGGCAGAGGCCAAGACGGCACCACUGGAGGAUGCCACUAGUGAGGAGAAAAGUGAGGAAAGUGAGAGUAAAGUAGAGAAAGACUCACAGGGACAAGAAGAGACACCACAGCCAGAGGUUCCCAAAGACACAGAACCACCUCAAGUUGAGGAAGCAAUCACUGAUGCUAAGACUGAUUCAGAGCCACCAGCUGUAACUCAGACUGAAGAGUUACAAGUCCCUGUAGAAGUAACCGAAGCCAAAACGGAAGAAAGCAGCCAAACGGAAAAAGCGGAAGUGGCAGAGAUUCCAACAACUGACACAGAUGUACAAAAGCAGGCAGAAAUUAAUGCACAAGAAGUACAGAUAAUUGAAGGGCAGCAGAUUGAGACAGCAGCGGACCUUACUGUUGCCACUGAAACAGUAACUGCGGUUGAUGAUGCUGUUCCUGCUGUUCAGGAUCAAAAACCAACUGUUCCUCAGACACCCACUGAAGAACCUCAGAUAAGCAUACCACCAUCUGCUGAAGAGGCAGUAAAAGAAACUGAACAAGUACAACAAGAGGACAUGAAAGUUCAGGAAGAGCAGGUAGAAAAUACAAAAGUGAGCUCAGAAGAGAUAGUCAAGGAAGAAGGGAAAACGGAUGCUGAAGACAAGGUGGAGGGUCAGGAAAAGACAGAGAAGGCAGAGGCCGAGACGGCACCACUGGAGGAUGCCACUAGUGAGGAGAAAAGUGAGGAAAGUGAGAGUAAAGUAGAGAAAGACUCACAGGGACAAGAAGAGACGCCACAGCCAGAGGUUCCCAAAGACACAGAACCACCUCAAGUUGAGGAAGCAAUCACUGAUGCUAAGACUGAUUCAGAGCCACCAGCUGUAACUCAGACUGCAGAGUCACAAGUCCCUGUAGAAGUAACCGAAGCCAAAACGGAAGAAAGCAGCCAAACGGAAAAAGCGGAAGUGGCAGAGAUUCCAACAACUGAAUCAGAUGUACAAAAGCAGGCAGAAAUUAAUGCACAAGAGGUACAGAUAAUUCAAGGCCAAAAGAUUGAGACAGCGGUUGAAUUUACAGUUGAAAAAGUACCUGGAGUUGAUGAUGCAGCUCCUCAGAUACCCACAGGUGAACCAACACCUGCUGAAGUGGCCGUAAAUGAAACAGCAAAAUCAGAAGACACACAAAAACCAGUCACUGAAGAAGUGGUAAGCAGGGAACCCCCCGUAGAAGACCACACCAGUAAGGAGCCAAAAGAAAAAGAUACAUCCACAGAGCAGGUUCAGACUUCAGCCCCAGCUGAGCCAAAAGCUGAGGAGAAGGCAACAGAGCAGACAGCCACAGAAAACGCCACAAAUGUCAUUGUAGAAGAUGUUAAGUGCAAAGAGGUGACAUCACCAGCUACGACAACAGAGGCGACAGAGAAAGCAGUGAAUGAAGACCAGUGAGUGAGUGUUUUCAGGGCUGACUGCUGCACCAUGAGCUGGCUGAUGAAACAGGAGGAUUCUCUGUCUGGAAGACAGAAUGUCUGAACAGGAAGUGAGAGCACGGUCUGGUGAAACACACUGGGCCAGAGCAAGUGACUGAAGGACAACUCCACCCCUCUCCCGCAGCGUCCACCCCGUCACGGAGACACUCCUGGGACCCCCCCAGGAGACCCCCUCCAACACACACACACAAUCCUGCACAGCUCUGACCUGAUCAACUCUCAAGCUUUCAUCCAGCUUGUAAUUAAUGUGAUGUAUGUUUGCUGUCUUAUUGACCUUUCAUCGCCCAUACUAUCGCCCGGAAGGUUGUGCUGUAGAGCGUGUAUGUGUGUGGUCUCAGAACUGGAAGAUAUAAUCUUGUAUAUUGUAUUUAUAUCUAAAGUAAGCUUUCAAACACCUUCCCUUCACCCCCUGAUGUCUUUGUUGUAUUUAUAUUCAUUCUGAAAAAUACUGAAGCGCUCUUCACCUCAGUUUAGGAUAUUAGAGAAUCACUGAGUCUUACACAGAUUUCACUAACAUGGUACAGAAAUACAUUCAAUGACAGUUAAAAAUUAUACUAAUAAAAAAAAUAAAUAAAAAUAAUUACAAAAAAAACAUUCUCUGAACAAUAGCUUCACUCAAUAGCACGGGACGGCUUGUGUCAACUAUUUGUGACGUGCAGUAAAAACUGAUACCCUUUGGCACAAUUGUACAAUUUUCCCCAACCACUGAAAUUCUAAAUAGUAGUUUUGCCUGAUAGUUGAUCACUAAGAUUUAAUACUGUGAAAUGAAACUGAAAAAUAAAUCUUCAUUGAUGUUUUUUUUAAAAAAAAAAACUAUUUAUAAAGGGUAUCACAGUGUCUCUCUAAAUGUCUCUUUAGAUGAAAUGCUUUCAUCAUGGCAGGACCGAUACGAUUUCUUUUCAACCUAGUGACAAAGACGCUGAAAAUAUCGCAUCACUGACAUUCAGAAAGAAGUGAUGGACCAGCAUGUUGUGUCAACAGGACAGUUCAGUAUUUGGGACUUGUAUCUCCACACUGCACUUCAGUGUUUUUGGCAGCACGUGCCAAGUAUUUUAUAUGGGGCAAUACAUUAGCAAUGCAUUUAGUUGUGUGAUGCACUUCAACAUUAUCUGUAUGCAUUGUAAGGACAUGAAAUUUUUGCUAUUGUGGUGCCAACAAGAGAGCACUUGCACCCUCUACUGGCAAAACCUGCUAUAAAAAGGAUUUCAGAGAAAUAGUCACUGCUCCUAUGAAAGUGUUUUUAAUUUAUGAGCAAUUAUAACACAAGACUCAAAAUCAACGGUAUGAAAUCAUUGUGUAUUUGUGUAGUUGUGUAAAGUACGUUGUCAUUUUCACUUUCAAUUAUGCCAGGAGGGUAGAGUGUGUGUUAUUCACAAAGGGUUUAAGUGUGUCAUAAUGCACCCAGCUCUUUAAUUUCGUUGCACCACCGUUCAUAUGUUUAAGUAUGUGACUACUCCUGGCAACAUGCAAGUGAAGAGGUUGAAUCAUAGCCUGUAUAGUAUUCAGGGAGGUAGCUGUGAUAGCCUUAAAGUUGGAGUUAAUGUGCAGCAGAACAUAAAGACCACUGUGAUACCACAAAGGCAGAGAGAACAUCAUGGGGAGUCAAAGCACCUGGUAUGACAGGUACAGACGAGCCAAAUUUAUUAGAACUAGUAAGUUAUGCUUGCUUACAUGGAAGUCCAUUUCCACAGGGAGUCAUACACGAAUAAAAAGACAUAAAGAUACAGCCUCUUAAUGGCACCAAGUGUAUUUAUUCAUGUCUUCAUUUUUUUUGGGGGGGGGGGUGGUGUAAAGGAAGAGGUUGUGGUAGGUCAUCCAUAUAAAAGCAGCAUCCACACCAAAUCCAAAUGUGAACGACAACCGCCUGAUGAUCAUAUCGGUAUCCCCGUCAGAAUGACUUUGAGAGGUGGGCUCCGGAGUAACAAAGUAACAAGCCUCGCACCCGCGUGGGGCCAGUUCUCAGCCAGUAGUUGGAUUGCUUGGCUUCUAUCUUUUCAUCUGAUUAGCCAUUCACAAGCGUUGAUGGAAAAAUAUAGGGUUCAAUCCAGCAGCAAUUGCCCCUUUUGCUCACCUGUGGCUGUCUACACCCACAGCCGCUGCUUUAGUCUGAAAUAAUCUAUCGCUUGCUCCCUCACCUUUGGUUUGGACACCCCUUGAAUCUCCUGAAGCUUUUUAUAACACAACCUAAAUGUGAACCUGGUAACAUUUGUACAAAUUGUAUACCUAUGUACCUUAAAUCAUAUUGUAAUAACAACAAUAACCUCUAAGCAUAAAGUGUAUAACAGUAGCAUGGACUUAAUUCUGUCUUUUAUAUUUUCCAAGCUGUUAAUAAUAUGAAUACAAAAUCUUGUCGAAAUUUCAUUCAAAUAAAGCUA